CAUUCUGUAUGUUGCCUCAUUUAUAAGUAAGAAAGAAAUAUAACUCAGAUCAACAAGAGAACAUGUGACUUCCCAGAAUGGCUUAUCAGGAAAAAUACAGGAACCCAAUAAGCAGUUCAAUGUGGAGAACCUUUGAAUCAUGGAAAAGCACAACAUGCAAACGGAGGCUCCUCACCCAGGAACACAUCUGCCAGCUGGGUAUGGCCCUCCGUACCCACCAGCAGCAUUCCAAGGACCUCCAGAACACACUGGCUACCCUGGACCCCAGGCUGGCUAUCAAGGGCCCCAGGCUGGCUACCAAUGGCCCCAGGCUGGCUACCAAGGGCCCCAGGCUGGCUACCAAGGGCCCCAAGGAGCCUAUCCAGGACCACAGGCCGGCUACCCAGUCCCACCAGGAGGCUAUGCAGGUGCUGGCCCAGGUGGUUUUCCUGUCCAAAGUCAGCCAGUAUACAGUCAAUCAGGUGGCCCUGCAGGGGCCCCCUGGAUGCCGGCACCACCACCUCCACUGAACUGCCCGCCUGGGCUAGAAUACUUGGUUCAGAUAGAUCAGAUUCUGGUUCAUCAGCAAAUUGAACUUCUGGAAGUCUUAACAGGCUUUGAAACGAACAACAAAUACGAAAUCAAGAACAGCCUUGGUCAGAGGGUUUACUUCGCAGUGGAAGAUAAUGACUGCUGUACUCGAAACUGCUGUGGAGCAGCUCGACCUUUCACCAUGAAGAUCCUGGAUAAUAUGGGCCGAGAAGUCAUCGCUCUGGAGAGACCCCUGAGAUGCAGCAGCUGCUGUUUCCCCUGCUGCCUCCAGGAGAUCGAAAUCCAGGCUCCUCCUGGUGUGCCGGUGGGUUAUGUUACUCAGACCUGGCACCCAUGUCUGCCGAAGUUUACACUUCAAAAUGAGAAGAAAGAGGAUGUUCUCAGAGUUACUGGUCCAUGUGUUGUCUGCAGCUGUUGUUCAGAUAUUGAUUUUGAGAUAAAAUCUCUAGAUGAAGAAUCUCUAGUUGGCAAAAUUUCGAAGCAAUGGUCUGGUUUUGUGAGAGAGGCAUUCACAGAUGCAGAUAACUUUGGGAUCCAGUUUCCACUAGACCUCGAUGUGAAAAUGAAAGCCGUGAUGCUCGGUGCUUGCUUCCUCAUUGAUUUCAUGUUUUUUGAAAAAACUGGAAAUGAGGAGCAAAGAUCAGGCGUGUGGUAGUAGUUUCAUGAGAAGAUUUAAGGACUACUUAAUGACUGAGACUUUCUAAAAGGAAUAUGCAGUGAGCCUUCUUUAUUGAAAUAACUCUGUGUCAAUUAACCUGUGAUGUCAGUAGCUCCAGUUGUGCUACUGGGCUUUCAAAUUAGUUUAUUUUCUGUAUCAUUGUCAUACAUUUAUUUUUAUACAUUUUUUAAGUAUAUACUGUGAAUUUGUGAGAAAAGUCAUAGGAGUAUUUACAUUUAGAAUGAAACUUUCUAAGAAAAAAUGCUUUGAAUUAAAAUCUGAUUGAUUUUCCAUUUUCAUAAAAAUGUAACUUACUAUGGUAAUUUAAUAUGAUAGUACAUAUUAUAUAUAUUAUAAUUUAUACAAAGACCUAAUGUUAUUUUACAAAUACUACUGAAAAGCUUUUUAAAUGUUCCUGUUUCCUCUACCUUAGGGUUAACUAUUAUUCAGUACAGUUAUUAGUAAGAAAACAUUGCAUGUGAUUUUUUUUUCCCUCUCUAUAGAAAAUCAUAACAUAUUUAUUUAAAUCUACUUCUGCAAUUUUCAUACUGGUGAACAAAGAGAAAGACAUGAUUUUAUGUCAAAGGAAAACCCAUUUUAAACACUCUCUACAAUGGGUGUGAUGGCUCAAGCCUUUAAUCCCCAGCCCUUGGGAGUCAGAAGCAAGGGGAUGGAUCUCUGUGAGGCUAGCCUGGUCCACACAGUGACUUCCAGAUUGUCUGGGACUAGGGAGA